AUGGCACGUCAUUCGACCAGUGCCGUAGUCGCUUUUCUUAUUGCCGUUAUUAUAAUUGGGAUUAGCCAAAUUAUGAAAAAUGACUUAGCAGCUUCCAAAGUGGGAACGUUAAUUGCUGGUGCUUUGUGUUCCUUAGUGUUUGUGUUUUUACUCACAGCUAUGUCAAAUUUUCAAAUGUCUUCAGUCGGUGAACAAGUGAAGGCUGGACUUACCGAGAUCUUCUUAUGUCUAUUUGUUGCUGUCAUUGCUUCUGCUGCUAUUCAUCGAGUAGCCGUCACGGUUUGCAUGCUCUUCUCUGCAUUUUUACUGUUUUUAUUGACUGGAAUCAGUCAAACGAGGUAUACACCGAUAGUUUUUCAACAAGUUACACAGCAGCGGAAGAAGAAAUAG